AUGCGUUCUUCGUGUCGGCUGGUGCCUGAUGGGCCCGACAGCAUUCAGCGAGGUAUUCAAGCCACGCUGCUUUCCACCAGUCAAAGACAACCACCACCUAAGGAUGGGACAGCAGCUGCCCGCAGGUUUCACCAUGUCGAGCUUCCUGGACAAGCUGCAAAUACUUGAGCAGAAGCUGACCGAGCGCAGCAAUGGCAAUGCAGUCACUGCUGUCGACAUGGCUGUCUACAUGCUGCGGACAUUCUUCCAUGACGACUACCAGUGGGAGGGUCUUGGCAUCAAGGACGUGAACAACGCUGACAAGGAGCGCAACGUCUUGCACCAGGUCCUGGAUGCUUUGACGGCCAACCUGGGGAGGCCCAUCGUCAAACCUGAUGAGCUCUUGGAUGACCCGCUCCGCAGGGAUGACGAUCUCUGCUUUCUGAUGUUCAGCCUGGCACACAACAUCAAUAAGACGUUGGUGCGGCACGACCGUUUCGACACAUACUCCGUGAAGGAGGACGACGAACUCAAGAAGUUACCACGUGAGGAAGGCGUGUUAAGUGUGACGGGCCGAAAGGAUGGCAGUGUUGUGGCAAUCGGCCGAACACUGCUCGGCAUCGCAGCCGUGCAUACAGACCUGCAGCCCAAGACCAUAAAAGAUGUGCUGAAGAGUGUGCCUUCAGUGAACGUGGAAGAUGGCAUUAGCGACGGAACCCUCAAUCCACUUUACGCCGCCACCCUCGGAUCGCUCCUGGCGAGUGCCUCCCUUACCGUUCCAAGAGCAGAGCUGAGAGACUCUAUGGGAAUGAAGGGCAAAUGGCUCGAAAAUGGCUGCUUCCUUGAGUACAAGCUAGACGGUGACACGAACACAUCAUGCACACUGGCCCAAAUCACUGGUGCCAUCGAUGGCCUCAUCCUAGGCAAGGCACUGAGUGAGCUCCCAGAAAUGCGAACCUGGAAUCUGAGCACCGUGCUGAGGCUGUACUAUGGGCCAAAAGGCAUAGCCACUGGAGCAUCACAGACUACCACCCACUGCAAGCGUCGUGAGCUCUUUGGCAGAAUCAGCAGCAGCAGAGAACUGCGCGAACAGAUCGACAACUUUGCCAUAACACUGGCCCACUCGGGCCUUGUCAUUGGCGUCCCAAACAAGGAAGCUUUAGCAAAGGAACGUGUGGCAAAUACCUGGAACAUUUUCCAAGCCAAGCUUGGUGACGACAGGGAUUCCCAGAACAAUGAUGCAUGUCCAGUUAGUAUAAAUGAAAAUGAGCCUGAAUGUGAAACGCCCACGGAUUUGUUAGUAGUGCUGGAUACUUCAACAGAGGUCGUUAACGAUGAGGAGAGGAAAGCUCUGCAAAGUGAAAUCCUUGCAAUGGUCACAAGGACGCUGAAGUUCCAAACAGGAAUCAGCACCGUAAGCCUGUUUGCCAGCAAGCGUCACAGCGAUGUGUUGCGUGACAUCAUCAAGGACAGCGGUGCUGGAGGAUGCGCUGGAUGUGCCGCCCUGUAUCUGCACGACAUAAGCGAUAUCAAUGCUGUUGGUACAGACAGUGACCAGGAUGUGUUCAACAUGCUCAACACUCUCGUCACUAAUCACAUUUCAACCAUGGACGAACGACCUGGUGUUGCUAGCAGGGUGGUGCUGUACCUCAACCUGAGGAAGAAAGCUGCUGGUGGAGUGCAUUCAAAUGGACGCCAGGUUGAGGAGGCUCUCAACAAGUUCAGGGUGACGCAUCCAGAUGUGCCCAUCUUCGCCAUCGGCUCCAAGGAUGUCAUCGAUGCACUGAAUACCAGAUCUGGAGCUUUGACGCUGGUGGACAUUACCAAUGUCCUUGCGUAUGAGGAUCCUGACAUUGAAAAACUGCGUACAGUCCAGGACCUGCUUCACCUUCCAAAGAAAAUAUGUCGAGUGCCAGCCAGCCUGAGGCACAAGUACUGCAGUCAACAGAAUCCUCGACAGCAGUCCUCUGCGCUGACCAAGUUCCAAGGCGCAGUGACCCCCGGAGCGGUGCAGUAUUGGUCAUACAGCACUAGCACGUUCUCUGCAAGCAACAACCUCCAAAUCAAGUUCACCACAAAUGACCGAGGAAACCUCAGGGUCUGUGAUGUCACUGGCCGUGUUAUUGGUGACAGCCUCGCAGGUUUGAGAUGCUAUGAAACCAAUGCACAAUUUAAGACGCUAUCAUUCAACUACACAAGACCUUGCAAAAAAGGACCUCUGAGCUGCUCUCCACUAACAUACGCUGUGAUUGGAAAAGAUGAAAAUGUACCUCAAAUCAACUUCGAUGUGGCCAACUGCAAAGGUUUUUGCAGAAACCCCCAGCAAAUAAAAUUUGAAAUCGAACACGAAGGCAUGUACUGUGCUGGAGUUCUGUCGGCAAUUUUCUCCCCGUACGUGCUGCUUCUCACGACCCUGACACUGCUGCGGCACUGGGCCAGUUAGCAACCUGCACCCAAACCUCGCCCACUACUGUUGAGAACACAAUGAAAGAUGCGGCCAAGAGUGCACCAUCACCAUCGUCAACCUGCCUGCCCUGCACAAGCAGCACGUCACCCGCUAAGCUUUCACGUUUGAGGCUUGCAUGCCUCAAAUGGAAGCGACGUGAAGGCGUAGGGGAUCUAAUCAAGGUGGCUGUUAGGCAAAGCCCAAUCACUGAAGACAAUUGCUCAUCUUUUACCUUCGCCACAUCAUUCUAAUAAAUGUGCAUCCCAUCUCAACGGACAACAAAUAUUGAAAUAAAACAAUUUGCUACAAAAGUAC